AUGGCGGGAAAAGUGUAUAUGGUCAUGGCUUUGAUAAUGAUGGGAUUUGUUAUACAAGCAUGCAAUGGAAUGAAUGUUAAUGUUGAUGAUGGUGAUGAUAUCAAGCCAACAGAAGAUUCAAGAUUCUUUUGCUUCAGAGUCUGUUCCAUUAGAUGCGGCAAACAGAACAAGCCUUGUUACCAAGAAUGUUUGCCAAAAUGUGGUCUCCCACGACGACUUGCUAAACCAACAACAUCUCCAUCAUCACCUUCCUCCACCGUUUGAUGGAUCAAGCUAACUGCUGAAGAUUUCGUCUAUCAAGAAGGAAAAUUUGAGAAUUAUGAUAAACUUUGAUUAUAUCUCUGGUAUUUGUGUGACAAGUGUAUUCAAACUUGUUUUCUAUUAUAAGGACAUAGACCACCUUCUAUUAAAACACAUGUGAUCCCGAUUCACAUAUAACAAUAGAAACGUACAACAAAAAACAAAACAAGAGAGUAGUGUAUUUAGACUCGACUAACCACGUAAAUCAUACAAAACAAAAACAUGGAAUCUGAUCAGUAUAGCCUAAAUAUAAAAACAUCUAUCAGUUUUCCCGUGUUUCUGAAGCAAUCUCCCUUGCUCACUUUCUGCCUCUAUUUUUU